GUAUUGAGUGCAGUACAGAGCAGUGUAGUACAGUAGUGAGUAUAGUGCAGUGCAGUGUAGUACAGUAGUGAGGUGGACACUGCAUCCUGUCAGGUAGACCGCUUUUCCCGCCUCCUCCAUGCACAGUGACAGGUGACUGCACAGAGGUGACCCCCGCACACAGCCCGUAUAUAGCAGCUCCCCGCACACAGCUCUCAUAGGGUGAGCGGAAGUGACCGCCGCAGGACAAGGUGUCUCACUCAUCCCUGCAGGACAUGAGGGUGUAACGUGCCGCCGCUGAGGUAAAGAAGAAGAAGAAGCCGCCGCCGCCGCCGCACUCUGCUCCCUGCUCUUCCCGGGCGCUAUGGAUCUCCAGGGCGUGGAGGUGUCGGUGUGGCCGGCCGCGAGCUGCAGGAGUCUGCCGGACGAGGACAAGGUGUGCCCGCUGCGCGGAACAGUCCAGGGGCUGCAGGAGGAGAUGGAGGACUUCAGGCGCGGGGUGGAGAGGCAGCUGGAGGACGUGCUGAGGCUGGCCGGGCCGCUCUCCCGUUCUGUCACCGACCUGCAGUGCGAGAACCGGCGCCUACGGGAGCAGGUGGAGAAACUCAGCCGCCAGGUGGAGGCACUGAGCCGGGCAGCAGGGCAGAGCGGGGAGGGGCAGACCAGGUACUCCAGCCAUGCCCUGCUGUCAGUGUCCGCCAAAGCCCAGAGCGUCGUGCCAGAGGCACAAAACGAUGUUGAUUCUGCAAAACCAACGAGUAACUCCGUUGUGGAAAAUGGACAUCAAUCUUACACGGAGAAGGCUAAGAUGCCACUGGAUUCCGUCUCCGAGGCUCGCUCGCCUCCAACACAGGAACACCUACCAGCCAUGUCCGUCCGCGUGCCACAUAUGCCUGUCACUGCAGUGACAAAAGUAUGUGGAGACUCCCACUCUACCACUUACAAUGGCAGCAACCGUCUACAAGCUUCAGAAUCAAAAAGUCCCAUGGAAAUGGCAUCAAAACAAAGCAGUACACAAGGUGCUGUCAGGACAUGGAAUGCCAGCAUUGUCAGGACAAUGGGUGUAACGGCAAACUCCGGUGAGAAAAAAAACAUAUCCUCUACAAAAUCCACACAGAGUUACAGUGUUUCAAACUCCUCAAUAAUCUCUGAAAGCACAGACAGAUAUUUUGAUGUUACUCCCAAAUCUCACUCCCCACCUCCAGCGCUGAGUCGUCAGCCUGAGAAGAAGCGCGAGUUAAUGAGGUCACAGACAUUGCCAAGAUCCUCUGGGACCCAAGUUCGCAAAGCCUUCUUUGAGAAGUUUGAACAAGACAGUGGCAAAGGCAAGGGGGAAUCCAAGGUGAAGCUGAAAAGGUCUCAGAGUUUUGGAGUCGCCAGUGCCAGCAGCAUUAAACAGAUCCUCCUGGAAUGGUGCCGCUCUAAGACCAUUGGCUACAAGAACAUUGAUCUGCAGAACUUUUCAUCCAGCUGGAGUGAUGGUAUGGCUUUCUGCGCGCUUGUCCACUCCUUCUUCCCAGAAGCUUUUGACUAUGAUGCUUUGGUGCCUUCCAAUCCCAAACAGAACUUUGAACAAGCUUUCUCUACAGCUGAAAAAAUGGCUCAUUGUGACCGACUGAUUGAAGUUGAAGACAUGCUGAUGAUGGGCAGGAAGCCGGACCCGAUGUGUGUGUUCACCUAUGUUCAGUCCCUGUACAACCACCUGCGACGUUUUGAGUGAUCUCCCUGCCAAGUCUGCUUGUUCUUGUGAAGGUCUCCCAUCAGCAACACGGCCACUGCUGGCAUUCCUUCGGCCUCAUCUUAUCGCCGCAGCAGCCGGACAACAUGUCUUUCCACCCAUCUCUCUUGCAGUUGACACCGUGGAGACAGAUAACACAGGAAUGUGCACAAGGUGCUCUGGACUCACUAUUUUUCUGAAACCAUUCAUGCUUGACAGCAGAGGAGGUGGGAGCGUCGGUUUUGUCACCUCUGGACUUGUUUUGAUAAAGACUGCAGCCUGUCUGAAUGACACCCUAUGGCUCAUUGUCUAGCCAUGUGAAACCAGCCGGGUCUGCGCUGCAAGGCGCUGACAACUAGCGUGAGACUCAUUCACAGAAGUGAGCCAAUGAUGUGAUGAUCAGUCUGGUGCUAAUGGACUGAACCCACUUCAUCCAUAUGAAAGCUUUGUUUUAGUUUUUUAAUUUUCAGAAAACUUCACAAGAGGUCUUUGAUCUGUUUUAUUCUCCCAGUGGGGCAUGGACUGUGCAUGCACCUUCCAAGUUGGAUAACUGAAAUGUAACAUUUCUAUAAAAUAUCCCUACGUCCUCAUCCGUGCAAUAGAUGAUGAUGUUUUGGACUAAAAUGUGAUCUCAAGCACAAACCAAAGAAUAGUACGGUGUCCACUGGUUUAGUAUAUAUCGUUUUUUGGAGGCCAUACAUGCAGGGUUUCUAUGUGCCCUCACUACUGCCAAUUCAGAUUAACAAAGCUCCGAUAGAAGGGUUACGAAGACUGCGGUUUUCUUUUUUAUUAUUAUUUUCUUUGUCUCCCAUUAUAUUGGGUAGCUUUUAAUGGCUUCAGACCCUUGACAUAAGGAAGUGUUAACUAAAUGAAGUAAAGUUUUAUUCUACCAUCAACAACAUAGAUAUAUUUGUACAAAACUCUUAGUGAUAGAACACAUGUUAUAGUCAGUCAUACCAUGGAAGUCCAUGCAUACUCUGUGUUGUAUUUAAAUGGAUUUUCCAGCUGUUUUACUAUUGAUGGCCUGUCCUCGGGAUCAGUCAGGGUCC